CCCAAGCCCAUACGUCAGUCUUGGGGUUAAAAAGAUGAAGUUGUAUCAAUUUAGUUUAGUGGUAUAAAUCAUAAAUAUAAAAUGGCUUCUCUGGCAAUGAUGCGUCUUAGAAUACCACAUAUCUACAGACAAUGUUAUGCCUCAAGACUGUUAAGUAGCUCAACAGCAUCCAGUCCAACUACCUCUAUUCCAGAUCGCCUGGGCCCUGUGCUUCAAGCAUAUGAAGACUUUGUUGGUUUAACUGAAGUAAAGGAGGCCCAGAAUAAUGUCAUACAGGCAGAGAAGAAAUUUCUAGCUAUUCAAGAAAAAAGACGAUUAAUACAACAAGAUAUGUCUGUUAUUCAGUCACGUUUAAAAUCAAUAAGUACUGAAUUAGAUAAAACCAACCGAGGUGAUGACAGAUAUUUAGAUCUGGUGAAAACGGAACACUCUAUCAUACGUGAAGAAUAUGAAAUGAUCGAGAACUUGAAGGGCACAGAAAAAUCAGAGAGAGAAUCUUUUGCGUUAUUAAGUGCCGCUGUUCGAGAAAGUCACGAGAAAGAACGUGCUAGAGCGGAGCGCACUAAGUAUUGGUCUAUUAUUGGUUCAGUUAUUGGAGCUGUUAUAGGCAUCGCAGGAACUACUACUAACAAUUAUCUACGUAUGAAAGAGUUACGAGGUAUCGUGUCUGAGUCAGUUGAAAAAGGAGAUGAAUUUAAGAAUACGGCCGUUCAGUUGGUUGAGGUGGUGGGUUCACAGUAUAAGAAGAUGGAUUCAUUUAUUGGAGAUUUAAAAACGGCUCUGGGAAGCGACGCUAAAACUCUUAAAUUAGAAAAUGUCAAUAUCCCCGCUAUAAAUAAUCUAAAUGAGCUUACUGAACAUACAGAACAAAUAUUAAAUAGUGUGAAAAAACAGGAAACAAUUUUAGAUGCAGAAAUGAAAGACAUUAAAAAAUUGUUAGGUAUAGAGAAAUCAACGAUAAGUGAUCAAAAUAUUGUGUACGUAGGACCAGAAAUAGAAAGUAUGUUGAAGAGGACGGAGGAUAACCUGGAAUGGAAAAUCAAAUUAAAUUCUUUAGCAACUGCUACAGUUAUAUAUGGUGCUUUAGCUUUAACAAUUCCGGUAUUACUGUCUAUUUUUAAUGGAGGGUCAUGAUAAUACAUAGACUGCUAAUUUAAUCAUCAUAACUAGUUAUUCUGUGUUAAUGACUUAGAAAUCUUUAUCAUAGUCCCACCCUACUGUCUAGAACUCUGUGAUAUAUUAAGUGAUACAAAUGAUGAAGAAAGACAAAUGAUGAGAUUUGAUGUGUUGUUGGUGAAACAUUUUCUCGGAACCUGUCUUAUUACAGACUAGAUAAAAAUAAACAGUUUUUGUAAUAAAAGUAAAAACAUAGAUGUAUAUAUAAGAAGUGUCUCCAUCCAUGCCCCAAGAUACCCUUCACUUCUAACAGGGCAAUAUGUUGGACCUUGAAUUCCUUUUAAUCUUGGAAGUAGUGUAAGGAAUUCUAUUCCAGUUGUGAACACCUGUACAUCCACAGAUAAAUGAAGAUUAACGAAGAUUUAUCAGCAAUUGAAAUAUAGAAUCUAAUGAAGGUCUUUGGUUUGUUUUCUUGUUUUAAAUUUGUUCCCACUCUGUAUACAUGUAUGCUUGUAUACUAGUGAAAUAUCAAUAAGCUUCUGGUUGCUAAUUAUGACUAUGAUAUUAACUAAUUAUUUAUGAUUUAAAAAACUAGGUACACAUCUAAAGUAGCAAUGUUGAUAUUAAUUUAAAAAAAAAAUUAAAUACAAUUUCCAUCUUGGCAUGGAGUUAAAUACUAUGUUAUGGCCAUCUACUAACAUAGAGUCUAUUGUAUUUUACAAACCUCCACAGUCCCCAAAUACAAAGAUUAUUCUAAUAUAAAUUGGCAACCUAAUAAAUGUUUGUUGAAAGUAAGUGAAAUUAUAUAGAGAUAAACCUAGAAAUUAACAGAGAAUAGUGCAAUUAGCAAGGCGUAUUAAACUUGUGAAUAUUCAACAUUUAGUAUAAUAUUCUUUAUUUCCUAUGAUGAAAGACUGACUAAUGACAACAAGUCAUUCCAGCUUAUUAAAUAGAUACACUGUAGUAGAUACUUUAAAGGAGCUCAAUCGCUCAUAUUUGGGACCUAGAAAUUGAUUUACAUUCAAUCGUUUCACUGUACUUUCUAAUCGGUUGUGUUCGACGAAAUGCACCAGUAAUUUGAUUGGAUAAUAUUAGAUUGAUUUUAGUGCUUAGCCAAUCAAUGAAGUAUUUGGAUUUUAUCUUUAGUUAAGAUUUCGAGAAACAGGGCCCAGAAGUCUCAAUCGAAUGGCAAUCUCUAGCGUCUGGUUUUUCCAUUCUACAAUGAUAGUAUUUAUUGCGCAUGCUCUCCAGAUAAGAAUAUGGUGUCACUAUUUGACAUGACUUUUUGAAUAUGUCUAGCCUUGUUCUUCAAGUCAUUUGUUACAAAUGGCGCUGAAAUGCAUAUUAUACACGAUUCGUGUCUCAAUGGUAAAAUGUUUAUUUUGUCUUAAAUAUUAGAUAUCAGAAGCCCAUCUUUUCCUGGUAAGAUCACAGCAUCAAUGUUGAUUUAAAUUGACAAAUAAUUUGUGUUUUCAAUGUCAAAGUCUUUGAAUGAUUUUGAGUUAGAGACUUAGCUACUUUGAAAUUGAAUAAUAAUGUGUAAGUGAUCUGUAUAUUAUAUAUAUAUAUGUAUUUGUUAUGGAAUAUCCUAUUUGUUUUUGACAUUUGCCAAAGUUGUCAUGUAAUUAGGACUACAAACAUUCUAAUUAAAUUCAAAAUAAUUAAUCAAAUAAUAAUUUGCAUAUUGGUCUAUUCAAUAUUAUAGUAGAAGAUUUGUAUUAUAUUGAUAAAUUAUGCAAAUAUAAAAACAUAUUCAAAGA